UUUUGAUUUGAAUUUUCCUCAAACCAUGGUUGCAGAAGAACCGUGUUAAAUGUGUUGCGUAAUCCCUAACUAGAAAGAUUAAGUUUGAUCGAUAAAAAUAAUUACCACGAUGGGAUUACAUAGUAAAACAGGGUUAUUACCGGCUAAUAAAACAAUUUCAAUCAUUUAUAAAGUUAAACCGAGUGUUAAUUUAAAGGCUGUUUCAAUUCCGGCCCCUUACACAUUAAAACCUUUCGCUGGUUUAUAUAACCCAUACCAAGGAGGAUGUUCUUUGCUUUGUAACCACCCAGCUGAUAAUCAAACUAAGGAGUUAUUAAAAAAGGCGAAAGAUGCCUGGGCAACCGAAGGAAAGCCGUUGUUGAUGGUCGAAGAAGUGGCUGCAAUAAAAAAAAGUUUAGAGCAGUUAAAAUCGGGUCAAGAUGAGAAAAUUAACGUGUUUAACGUUGAUGAUUUGGAAGAAGUUCCUGAGGAAUUGUUUCGGAGAUACACGGAAACAGAUUCGAGGCCGCUAACACCAGCUCCAACCAUCAUUAGCAGUUACACAAAAACUUCAGCGGCCACACGACGUUGUGUCACCCCAGAUCCCACCUUUACAAAGGAAAUAAAAGAAAAAACUCAAUUAAUUCUAGACCUACGGAGGAGUCAUAGCCAAGAAACUUUAUCGUAUUUCGGAGGAUGCUCAAAUUUAACAACAACCGAGCAAUCAUCGAUUAGAAUCCAACAAAUUCCUUUGAUACAAUCACCUAAAUCUUCAUUAUUAACUAUGAGAGACGAUUGCAGAACCAUAAAACAAAUUAUAAAACCAAAGGAGCGAAUAAAUAAGAUAAAACCUGAUAAACCGAAGAUAAUUGUUGAAAAUAUUAUGCCUCAAUCAAGUUUAAAAGAUGCUAAUGUUGAAGUUGUUCCACCUAAAAUUGUUUUAGAUGAGGAUAAAACCGGUGAUGAGGAAAAAGUUGAGGAAGAUUUAACCGUAAUGAAAAGACGUGGGAAAAAAAGGAAUAAGAAGGGAAGAGAUGCUUCAAGGGGGCCACUUACAGUUCAAACUUCAAUUGAUCCAGAAACACAAAUCGCAACAAUUGGAAUUAACUCUCACAAUCCAAGCGCAAGACCGUCUUUAGUUUCUAAUGCAGAAAUCGAUGAAUUGAUGGCACCUAAAAAGACUGAAUUAAGAAAGACUUCGUUGGACAUUAAUUCGUAUUUAGAUGUUAACGUUUUAAAGCAGUUAAGAAGAGAAUUAAACGAGGAAGUAAUCGAAAAUGAAUUUAAUGAUAAAAGAAAAGAAGCUUUAAAAGAAGCAUUAAAAACUUUAAGAAAAAAUAAAACAGUAUGCGCAGAAUUAAAAUCGUUACAAAAGCAAUUAAAAUUUCCAAAACUUGACGAUGAUUUUUGGUUAUCUUUACCGAGAAAGUUCACUCGAUCCAGCGCAAGAUUUGAGUUACCCCCCGAUAGCAGAACGUUAUCCAAAAUGACUUCCGUUGAAUACGUAAGAAACCACGUCGUAAUAACAAGUUCGAAAAAAUUUCUGUACAACCACAUUUUAAACCGAAAUAAAACCGAAUUCGAUCUCGAAGACGGCCAACCGAGAGAACUACAAGGCAAAAAUAUGAGAAAAGCGUUAAAUGAGAUGAUGGGAACGAGCCUAAACGACGAACAAUUUGAGAGAUUUCGCGAUUUAAUCGAGUGGAGCGACGAAGAUGUUUUCGAUUUUAAAACUUUUUGUGGAAUUUGUGCCUUGUGCGAACGAUUAUUGGGGCCUGAGUUUUGUUUUUUAGGUAAAAACGAAGAUCCUUGUGAAGAACUCGAAAUCGUUGAUUUUGGAUCCUUGGAGAAGCGGUUAAAGAAUCAAUAUGUUAAUGAAAAAUUAUUAAAGAUUUUGUAUGGAAUAAAGAAUUCGUAAUUUUUAA